AAAGCGCCUAGAAAACCCCCAAGAAAACGUCAAUAGGUCUCGGUUUAAAAGGGGAAAAUGAAAUGCUUUGGGACAUCACAUGGGUGAGUGUUUUUUGGUAAAUCGAGUCAACCUGCCAUGGGCUUCCGCGGUACCACAGCCUUCACCAUAGUGCGCAGUCAUUUAAGGUAAAAAAAUUUCAUUGAGUAAUUUCGUCGUACAGUUUGAUGAUGAAAUACAGUAACUCACGAAGACUUGUAAUUUCCUGCUUCCUUCGUGGGAUUCACAGUUACCACUAUCCCAAUUUGCCAAGAAAUAAGCUAAUUUGUCUUCCUCAGUCCACCAGUGGUCUGAGUUUCCUGCAUAGUGCUCUCUCAAAGUCUAAUAGGGUUAAUUUCUUCAUUUCUGGAUUCAGGUUUUGUAAUUUUACUUCCUCAAGCAAUUUAAAUGAUGGAAGUGAUUAUGAUCAAGAAGAUAGUAGUGACAAUUAUGAAGAACCAUAUUCUAAUUUUUCCCAAGAAGAUCUUGAAACCAACAACAGCAACAACAACAACAUACCCUGUGUAAUCCCACAAGUGGGGUCUGAGGAGUGUAGAGAGGCUGUUUCCGAUAGACCCUCAGCUAAAGAUCUUGAAACCAUUGAAGCCAUUUUGAAAGAACCCGGAAUCCAUGCUGCUCAAGUGCAUAACAAACUUGAGCAAUGUGGUGUAAGGCCCACACAUAAUCUAGUUACCGUGGUUCUUUCUCGUGUACGGAAUAAUUGGGAAGUUGCAUUCACUUUCUUCGUUUGGGCAAGUAAACAAACAGGUUAUGUGCAUUGUGUGCGUCAAUAUCAUUCUAUGAUAUCUAUACUUGGCAAAAUGAGGAAGUUUGAUACUGCGUGGUCAUUGAUUGAUGAAAUGAGAGGUGGAAACAAUAGACCGUCUCUUGUGAAUUCUCAGACACUCUUGAUUAUGAUAAGGAAAUAUUGUGCUGUACAUGAUGUGGGAAAAGCUAUUAGUACGUUUUACGCGUUUAAACGGUUUAAAUUGGAAGUUGGAAUUGCAGAAUUUCAAGACCUUUUGUCUGCGCUUUGUCGGUACAAGAAUGUAAAAGACGCGGAGCACUUGCUUUUUUGCAAUAAGAACGUUUUCCCGUUGAAUACUAAGAGUUUGAAUGUCAUUCUCAAUGGAUGGUGUCUUGCCCUUGAUGAUUUAAGUGAGGGAAAGAGGAUUUGGAGGUUGAUGAAGGAGAGAGGGAUUCCUUGUGAUGUUUUUUCGUAUUGUAGUAUCAUGUCUUGCUAUUCGAGGGCUGGCAGACUCAAUGUUGUGCUUAAGCUUUUCGAUGAGAUGAAAUUGUGUGGGGUUGCACCCGAUGUUAAAGUAUAUAAUGCUGUGAUUCAUGCUCUUGCAAAAGGCAGGCUGGUUAAACAAGCUAGGAUUGUGAUGAACACGAUGGAAGUGAAUGGUCUCACUCCAAACGCUGUUACUUAUAAUUCAUUGAUCAUGCCUCUCUGCAAAGCUCGAUUGCUAGAUGAAGCCCGUGAGGUCUUCAAUGAGAUGAUUGAACGCGGUAUACAUCCUACUGUCCGAACUUACCAUGCAUUACUUCGUAGCGUGAGGACAGGGGAAGAAGUAUUCGAGCACUUGCAAAAGAUGAAGUCAAUGGGCUGUAUUCCAACUCAUGACACUUAUAUAAUGUUAAUCCGGAAGUUUUGCCGAUGGUGCCAACUUGAUAAUGUUUUCAAGUUGUGGGAUGAGAUGAGCAAGAUUGGUUUGGACCAUGAUCGAAGUUCAUAUAUAGUGCUGAUACAUGGACUCUUUCUGAAUGGAAAACUGGAGGAGUCAUACAAAUACUAUCAAGAAAUGAAGCAAAAAGGUUUACUGCCAGAGCCCAAGAUAGAUGAAAUGCUUCGGGCUUGGGUGGCUGGCAGGAGUGAUUUUCAAGAGAAUAAAGUAACAUGUAGUCAGGAGAACAAAGAGAGGGUCAAAUUCGAAAAAGCUGAUAAAGAAAGGGAUUUCCGUAAAAAACCUGAAAUUAGAAGAGUUACGAGAGAGGGUGGCUUCUCUUUCUGGGAUCAGUAGAUUAAUUGUUGAUUAUAAAAUUAUGGCUCGGGCCACUGUACACAGGUGCAUGAGGUUUUUCUUCAUUUAGGUUGUUUAACAGAAUGUUAUUGGUUUAUUUACUAUGCACUGGAAAUUCACUGCUAUAGAUACAGCAAGUUGCUUCUCACCUAAAAAACAAUGUCUCAGUUUGCUGUGCCCUUUCUGUAUUGGAUGUACCUUUGUCUAGACCCACAAAAGUUGUACGGGACACAGCAAAUUGUAUGAGGGUUCAGACGAAGUUACUGGACUUGGAUGUUUGAGAGAUCCAACCGCCACCUUCCAAGAGAACAACAGAGGGGUGGUGGGCGGGUAGAGAGAGAGAGAGACGGCUGACCUCGUCGUUGCUCCUACUUGAUUGUCAGAAGAUUUUACGAAAGAAAAUCUAGUAAUAUAAGCUACUACACUUGGAUUCUCCUGGGUUUUCUGUGAUUCUUUCAAACUCUUUACUUCUGCAUUUAUUUUUCUACCAAAAGUUCGUUUUUUCCCCCUUUUUCGCUGUUGUUUUGAACUUUGAAGUUGGGCUUUCAUCCUCAUAGUUGAAUUCAGGAUUUCAAGUUUGUAGGUCAGAGUGCGGAGUACCACUACACCCACUCUUUUUUAUGAAAAUGGUGCGGUUUUGGUGUGUAUAUAUAAACUACAAGGUUUAAUUAUAUAAGUUUGAGGCAAAUGAAAGGGGUACGUUGCCCGCUGCA